GGAUUACAACAAGAGCAUCAAGACCAGGCUGUGUCUGUGUGUGAGGAACUUUGCCCGAGGGAUACAAUUAGACCUAGAGCUUGCCGACAGGGAGUCCGAAGCCUGGGACAUGGACCGUUCGAUGGGAUGUCAAGGCAGCUCUGUCCCUGAGGACAGGACUGAAGCUGGGAUCAAGCGCUUCCUGGAGGAAACGGAUGAUAUAAGUCUGAACAAGUUCGUGAAGGAUUUCCCAGGAAAUGAGAGCUGCCACCAACCAGAGGCCAAGACCUGGGUGUCCAGGCCCCAAGUUCCGGAGCCAAGGCCCCAGGCUCCAGACCUCUACCAAGAUGACCUGGAUUUCAGAACCCCCCUGUGGCCCCAACCCUCUGACAGCCAGCAGUACUUCCCUGCCUCAGCCCCUCUCAGCCCCUCAGCCUCAGCCUCAGCCCGGCCCCGCAGCCCGUGGGGCAAGCUUGAUCCCUAUGACUCCUCUGAGGAUGACAAGGAGUAUGUGGGCUUUGCGACCCUCCCCAAUCAAGUUCACCGCAAGUCCGUGAAGAAAGGCUUUGACUUUACCCUCAUGGUGGCAGGAGAAUCUGGCCUGGGGAAAUCCACUCUUGUCAAUAGCCUCUUCCUCACUGAUCUCCACAGGGACCGGAAACUCCUCAGUGCUGAAGAGCGGAUCAUGCAAACGGUGGAGAUCACUAAGCACGCAGUAGACAUAGAAGAAAAGGGCGUGAAGCUGCGGCUCACCAUUGUGGACACACCAGGCUUCGGGGACGCAGUCAACAACACAGAGUGCUGGAAGCCUGUGGCAGAAUACAUCGACCAGCAGUUUGAGCAGUAUUUCCGAGAUGAGAGUGGCCUGAACCGCAAGAACAUCCAAGACAACAGGGUGCACUGCUGCCUGUACUUCAUCUCACCCUUCGGCCACGGGCUCCGGCCAUUGGAUGUUGAAUUCAUGAGGGCCCUGCAUCAGCGGGUCAACAUCGUGCCUAUCUUGGCUAAGGCGGACACACUGACACCUCCUGAAGUGGAGCACAAGAAACGCAAAAUCCGGGAGGAGAUAGAGCACUUUGGAAUCAAGAUCUACCAGUUCCCAGACUGUGACUCUGAUGAGGAUGAGGACUUCAAAUUACAGGACCAAGCCCUAAAGGAAAGCAUCCCAUUUGCUGUAAUUGGCAGCAACACCGUGGUAGAGGCCAGAGGGCGACGAGUCAGGGGCCGUCUCUACCCUUGGGGCAUCGUGGAAGUGGAAAACCCAGGGCACUGCGACUUUGUGAAGCUGAGGACAAUGCUGGUGCGUACUCACAUGCAGGACUUGAAGGAUGUGACACGGGAGACACAUUAUGAGAACUACCGGGCACAGUGUAUCCAGAGCAUGACCCGCCUGGUGGUGAAAGAGCGGAAUCGCAACAAAUUGACUCGAGAGAGUGGUACCGACUUCCCCAUCCCUGCUGUCCCACCAGGGGCAGAUCCAGAAACUGAAAGGCUGAUACGAGAGAAAGAUGAGGAGCUGCGGCGGAUGCAGGAGAUGCUGCACAAAAUCCAAAGACAGAUGAAGGAGACCCAUUAGCUGCCUGUCAGCCCUGGAUAUUUAAAUCUUCUCCUCUUCGUUUUGCCCAUGCCAGCCCCUUCCAGCACCAGCUCUGCCCAGGCCCCUGCAGCUACUGCCACUUCGCCUUACAUCCCUGCUGCCUCCCAGAGACUCAGAGGAAAUAAAGUUUAACAAAUAUA